CACCUCAUGUCCUUAAGUCAGACACCUCUGAUGUCCCUCUGUCACCACUGAUGUCCCCAACUCUGGAGGCCAUCGUCCCUGCCCCUCAUCCCAACCAUCUGUCUGUCCCACCUGAUGUCCCCAACUCAAUCAGUCUCUCCCAACUUGUCCUGGGGCCACCGCUGUCCCCAUCCGACAUCCCUACAGGUGACACAGGGACACCACUGUCCCCAUUCCAAAGCCCUCACGUGCAAAUUGAGGCCACCGUUGUCCCAUCCAACAUCCCCAACCUGGGGCCACCACUGUCCCCAUCCAGCAUCCCCAUAGGUGACACAAGGCCACCACUGUCCCCAUCCAACAUCCCCAACCUGGGGCCACCGUUGUCCCCAUCCAACGUCCCCAACCUGUGGCCACCACUGUCCCCAUCCAAUGUCCCCAUAGGUGACACAAGGCCACCACUGUCCCUAUCCAGUGUCCCCAGCCUGGGGCCACCACUGUCCCCAUCCAACGUCCCCAACCUGGGGCCACCACUGUCCCCAUCCAACGUCCCCAUAGGUGACACAAGGCCACCAUUAUCCCCAUCCAAUCUCCCCAACCUGAGGCCACCACUGUCCCCAUCCAACGCCCCCAUAGGUGACACAAGGCCACCACUGUCCCCAUCCAACGUCCCCAACCUGGGGCCACCACUGUCCCCAUCCAACGCCCCCAUAAGUGACACAAGGUCACCACUGUCCCCAUCCAACGUCCCCAACCUGGAGCCACCACUGUCCCCAUCCAAUGUCCCCAACCUGGGGCCACCACUGUCC